AUGAAGGGUGGACUGGCUGCUGCUUUGGCAGCUCUCGCAGCGAUUAAAGCCAGUGGUCGCACCCUUCGGGGAGAUGUUAUCGUGGCCGCUGUGUCCGACGAGGAAGAUGCUUCCCAGGGAACCCGCGAUAUUAUUGCCGCAGGAUGGCGUGCAGACGCUGCCGUGGUUCCCGAGCCCACCAUGGGGGCGAUUGCAAUAGCCCAUAAAGGGUUCGUGUGGGUGGAAGUGGACAUUCUAGGUGUUGCCGCACACGGCUCGGAUUCUCAAGCGGGAGUGGACGCGAUUCUUCAAGCAGGCUGGUUCUUGCAAUCUCUGGAGCAGUAUCAGAAGCGACUGCCCAUCGACGAUACUCUGGGACAGGCCACUCUACAUUGUGGACUGAUCAAGGGCGGCCAGGAACCUUCCUCGUAUCCGCAGCGUUGCACCAUCACCAUCGAGUUCCGGACAAUUCCUGCCCAAUCCAACGAGUCGAUUCUUGAGGAUGUAAAUGCUUUGUUAAGUGGCAUUGCCAAAGAGAAACCUCGCUUUCGAUAUGCUCCCCCUCGCCUCACGAUCUCGCGUCCGACACAGAAGCUCUCAGCGGACCACCCUCUAGUCCAAACAGCUGUUGCAUGUGCCACUGAGGUCCUGGUAGACGGUCCUGGGGUGAUUAGUGUACCCUUCUGGUGCGACGCAGCUCUAUUGAGCGAAGCGGGGGUCCCUGCCAUAGUCUAUGGUCCAUCAGGAGCCGGACUACACAGCAAGGAGGAAUGGGUGGAGGUUGACAGUCUCCAAGAGAUGAGCAGAGUCUUCGAAAAGUUGAUUCAAGAACUCUGUGCUUGA